GAUUUUGUGGUGUGUGUGUAGUGUAGAAGCUAAAAGUAGGUAACCAAUGGGAGAAAGCAAGGGAGUGUAAAACAAAACGAACGGUGGUGAUACAAGCGACGCCCGUAUCCAUCGUCACCUCGCUCCUCUCUUCUCCAGCGUCCGAUCCCUCUCUUCAUUCUCGCGCCAAAUCUCAUCUCAUCAAUUCACAGGGUUCCGCCGACCAUGGCCGAUGCUCCGGCGAGUCCUCCCGACGAGAGCGGCGACCACAGCCCCCGCUCCAGCUUCCGUGAGCAGGAUCGUUUCCUUCCUGUUGCUAACAUCAGCCGCAUCAUGAAGAAGGGACUUCCUGCUAAUGGCAAAAUCGCUAAGGACGCCAAGGAGACUGUCCAGGAGUGUGUCUCUGAGUUCAUCAGCUUCGUCACCAGCGAGGCGAGUGAUAAAUGCCAGAGAGAGAAGAGGAAGACUAUCAACGGCGACGAUUUGCUCUGGGCAAUGGCCACUCUGGGUUUUGAAGAGUACAUUGAUCCACUCAAGCUUUACCUAGCUGCAUACAGAGAGAUUGAGGGUGAUUCCAAAGGUUCGGCUAAGGGUGGAGAUGCAUCUGGUAAGAAAGAUUAUCAUCCGGGUCCUGAUGCCCAGCUUGCUCAUCAAGGUUCUUACUCACAAGUUGUUAAUUACCCUAAUUCUCAGGCUCAGCAUAUGAUGUUUCCUAUGCAAGGCCCAGAGUAGAUUACUCUCCUUCAGCGUUUGUCAUGUGUGAUUUGAAUGCCGAUGGAACUGUAGUAUGUACACUUUACAUAUUGAGAGCAUUUCAUGUUAUAUGAAUACUCACAUUAGGAGAUGUUGGUUCUGGUGACCAGAUAUUAUUUAUAAAGGUUUUAAUGUUAUCUUUGGAGAAUAAUCAUUAUUCAUAAGUUAUAUUGUAAAUCCUGGAACCAUGCUUGCCUAUUUCCAUCAGGCGUCUUGGCAAAGACUGUAGAUUGUAUGUGAUUUUGAUUGGAAACAUAAAUUGGUAUGUUUUCA